GUUUCCACCGGAUGCCUCCCAGAUAUUCGUCCAGAUGAGGUCUUAUUUGCUCAGGGAUAGCAUUGAUCGUUCGCGCUAAUAGCUGAUGCAGAGGGCGGCGCAAGCCCUUCUCGUCGACGCGUCAGCCACAGGGAUGUCUCGCAGGGUGAUGCAACCCCUGCCUGAGUCAGGGGAGGAUAGGGCCCUUGUGGAUUUGUAGGGACAGCCUUGCACUGCGGUCCGGAUACAAGGAGGGAGGCCAAAGGUAUAAAAGCUAAGGCCAGGAAAUGGAGGUGGAAAGCAAACCAACGAAGACAACCUCAGCCUCUUGCCCACCUACUCACAAACACAACUAGUUCUCCGAAAUGUCUCACAAGAAGCCUUUCACUUUGUACACGCACAAGAGCGGCCCCAACGGCUGGAAGGUCGCCAUGCUCCUGGAAGAGCUCGGCCUCGAGUACGAGAGCGUCUACCUGGACUUUAGCGUCGGCGAGCACAAGAAGCCGCCCUACACCGAUCUCAACCCGAACGGACGCACGCCCACCCUCGUGGACCACACGAACGGCGACUUCACCUUGUGGGAGUCGUGCGCGAUCUUGCAGUACCUGGUCGACAAGCACGACAAGGAGGGUAAAUUUGCGCUGAACAACGACAACGACAAGUACACGCAGCUGCAGUGGCUGCUCUUCCAGGCGUCCGGCCAGGGCCCCUACUUCGGACAGGCCGCAUGGUUCAAAUCCCUCCACCCUGAGAAAAUCCCCUCCGCGAUCGAGCGCUACGAGACCGAGAUGAAGCGCGUCGUCGGCGUGCUCGAGUCCGUGCUGCGCAAGCAGGACUGGCUCGUCGGCGGCAAGUUCGGCGUCGCCGACCUCUCCUUCGUCACCUGGCACGUCGGCGGGCUGCGGCGCACGCUGCCGGACUGGGACGUCGCGCGGGCGGCGCCGCACGUGGACGCGUGGGUGAGGCGCAUGCUGGCGCGCCCCGCGAUCGCGAAGGUGUGGGCGGAGCGGAACGUGCGGGCGGCGGAGUUCUUUGCGGGGAACCAUAAGUAAAUCGGUUUGGCGUGCUUAGAGGUCAGCCAAAAAUUGUGUUAGAUUGCUUGAUGUUGGAUACGUUGCUUGUCAGUUUUAUCGAUGUGACGGAGGGACUUGUUUCUUGGUAUAUGAAAUGUGUAUGGUGGAUGGAAUGCUUGUGUUGGGGACCGGAGUUCAU